AUGUUAGAUUGUUCAGUUCCAGCUAUCAAGCAUGUCAAGCGGACCCUUCGACGUACUAAUAUUUCAUCUGUUUCUUCUGCCGCUAAUGCUUCCUCUCCAUUGAAAGACAGUACUCCUGCCCAACCCCCUACGACUUCAUACUCAACAAAUGACCAUGUAAUCGAGACGCUAAAUUCCCCGCUUUUGGAUGUGCCACUUGCGCCAUCUUCGCCGUCUCUACAUUUUGAACUAGCCUCUAGUGCUCUACCUUGCGAGUCUCCUACUGCCAAGCCACGACUCAGAAGUACAUCCAGGCGCUACACUACUGUCAACGUCAUUCCUGCUCUCCCCGAGGCUGGGCUACUCGCCAAAGAUGUUACGAACAUAUCUUUUUCUCUUAAUACCAUCACGACUAGGCAAAGACCGACUUUAGUUCAGCGCCUGCGCAGGCGCUUUUCAGGGCCCACUGAUACUACAUUACCCGAGGCAAUUUCCUUGUCGAAUUGCCGCAAGGCUACUCGUGUCGCUGUUAGCAUUAUUAAAUCAGCUCCUCCUUUGCCUCACUCGAAUAUAGUCCCUUCUUUGGGUGUUCACCCAACUAGCACUACUACAAAAUAUGUCUCUUUUGACUCGAGUACAACUGUCUGUGUUUGGUGUCGACGUGCACUUUUGCCUAAUCCAAGUGUGCAUCAUCGCCAGUGUUCUCGUAGGCCUAAUUUGCCGUCUUCAUCUGCAGAUAUUAGAGGGAACAAGACUGCUAGAAGGACCCGUCCCACUUGUUUGUGUCGUGCUUGUGGCGUUUCCUUCAGCACCGAAUCUGGUCUGACGCGUCAUCGGCGCUUUUGGCACGCCUGUGAUGCUCCAGGUUCCCUUCGUCCCAGACAUCCACCUCUUAACAAUAAGCGAUCAGUCUCAACUACUUCAUCACCACUGCUUUUAAAGGAGCCAUUAGUAUCAUCUUUGUUCUCUUGCCCAGGUUGCUCUCUCCGACUUACGAGUCUGGAAGAAAUAACAACUCACAUCCUAUCCCACCCGGUCCCUACACUGGCCUCUUCAGGUAGCUCCUCUACUCUUAUUGGUGGUGGAGUUGGAACCACUCUCACUAAUAGCAAUUGUAGUGGUGGCGGCAAUGGCCACCACUCUGUCCCUCCAGGUCCCGAGACCAUGCCUCGCCCUUGGCCGGUUCCCAUUUAUGUGCCAAAUUUUGGUUUCGGUUGCUCUGUAUGUGGUCAAUUAGUGGCAUCUGAGUCUCGGCUCGAUAAACAUAAGAAAGCCAUGCAUAUGGAUUGGCUGGCUUCAGAUCAGGCAAAUAGAUAG